AUGAGCCCUAUCUCAACGUUGAAGCUUCCCCUAAUAGAUCUGUCAGAAUUAGAUGGCUCAAAGCCAGGGACAGGUCCAUGGGACUCCUUGCAAAGUCAAGUCCGACAAGCCCUUGAAGAAUACGGUUGCUUCGAAGCUUUGCAUGAUAAGAUGACCUUGAAACUUCACAAUGAUGUGCUCCAAGAAUUGGAAGGAUUGUUCGAACUUCCCACUGAUGUGAAGCACCGGUUUGACAACCCAAAUAAGCCAACCGCCGGCUACAUUGCCGAUCUUCCUCUUUACGAGGCGUUUGGAAUUGGCUACGCCCCCAGCUUGGGCUCGAUCGAAAAAUUUGCUGAUCUCAUGUGGCCGGAGGGAAACACAAGAUUUUGCGACAUAAUGAAUACGUAUGCUAUGAGGGUUUUGGAGUUGGAUUCACUGGUGAAGAAGCUGGUUUUGAGAAGCCUGGGUGUAGACAAGUACGUGGAUUCACUAGCCAAGUCGGUCAAAUACAGUCUCCGUGCCAUGAGAUAUGCAGCUCCUGCGACUGAGGAGUCCAAGAAGCCCGAGACUUCGUGCCAUCGGGACGCAAACUUCGUGACCAUACUUCACCAAAAUCAUGUGAACGGAUUGGAAGUGCAGACUAAGGAUGGACGUUGGAUCGAGGUCGCCUUUUCCUCAGCUUCCUCUUUCGUUGUCAUCACUGGAGAGUCAUUCUAUGGAUGGAGCAAUGGGAGAAUAUACAGCCCUUGUCACCGUGUAAAGAUAAGCGGGCACGAGCUACGACACUCCAUAGGACUCUUCUCUUCCGAUCAAGGCACGGUUCAGUGUCCUGAUGAGCUUGUGGAUGACCAUCACCCUUUGCUUUUUAUGCCCUUUGAUACUGCCGGUCUCUCCCGCAUCUACAAGACCAAAGAGGGCCUAAUGGGAGCUUCGGCGAUGGAUACCUUUUACAAACUUUAA